AUGGCGCCGAUGCAACAGGAUAGAAAACGGCUGAAUUUUAAGAAUUUGUUGCUGCCGUCUUCACAGUCGGGGCUGUCGACAUCGAUUGUACUCUUAGAACAGGCCAUCUUCGUCAAUGCCUCGUUGUCUUCACCAUCGGUACUGCGAGGAUGCGUCAAUUUAGAUAUUUCGAAAAAUGUGCAGCUUCGAGAUUUGUGCAUCAAUUUUACCGGUGUGAAUAGCGUGCAGAAAUUUGGCCGCUUGUAUGAUAAAGAACGAGUGAUAGAUCAAACAUGGCUUGUUCCCCGCCUCGAGGCUCGCCMCUCUUCAUCUCAAGUACACACCAUCCACCCACACGAGACCGACCACAAAAAAUGGCCAAUUCUCGAACCAGGCCAUUAUGUAUACGAUUUUGAAUUGUCUUUCAACGAACCUCUGCCGGAAACAUUCAAUGUCGGCGGAUGCAAACUCAACUACCAUAUUCAAGCUAUAGCAAAUUCCGGGCUCCGGCAGCAAAUCUCGCCGAAACAAGAAGUCACAGUCGUUCACUGUCCGCAUGACGAUAUCUAUCUUCACGAUUCGAAUCAAGUCACUCUAUCACGGAUAUGGAACAGACAAAUCAUGUACAACGUCGAAUUGGCUGACAAAGGCGCAGCUAUCGGUGGGAAUAUUCCGAUUUCUGUCCGCAUUGGAUGCUCAGAUAUUAUGUAUCUUGCUGUGCAAGUAUACUUGGCUCAGAAGAUAAAAUUUCCUGGCAUUCCGGGGAGGCAAUCACAACUACGGAAGAAGCUGUUGCUCAAGUCGAAAUGCAAUGAUUUAUCGACGGGCAAGUUUAGCGAAACGCCAUCGCUGAAUUUGGAUCGAGAGUCGAAUUUGAUCAUCAUUGCGGGCAGUGUGCCUUUACUUGACGAACCGAGUACGCAGUUGAGGUUGCAUCCGGAUGUGAAUUUUACAAAAGUAACGGCCAGCCAUACAAUACUCUUUCUCAUCGACAUCACCAUACCAAAUCCACAAGACAGCAAAAAGACUACCGUUUGUCGACUGACUGCCGAAACCCCAUUCCGUGUCCGCUCGUCACAGACGCAUUUGUGCGACUCAUCAGUUCCCCAAUACUCGGAAUCUCAUAAUCUGGCGGUCGACUCGGGAGAUUUCAACAGUUCCCGGCUGUUACCACCGCCGUUCCGUUCUGAGUCUCUAUCUCGACAUUCAUCGGAAGUCUCUGCAACGGAUUUGGAAGGAGACCGCUUUUCGCGGCCGACAUCAACCUGCUCACUGUCGACUGAGGAACUAUCCACAAUUCCGAUAUACCCGCCACCUGCAUAUAGUUCGAUCGCCGCGAGUUAA